AUCACGUUGAUCAUCGCAUUUUAGUUGUGAGUUGUUUGUGUUAGUUGUUACAAACAGAACAACUUCACUUCAUAUCAUUCGCUCUGAUAUUCCUGUCGGUUUCGGAUGUGUACAUAUCUGUUAAUUAAUUAGCUUCAUUAUAUCACGAAUAAGCUAAUUGGUUACGAAGAAUUAAUAGAAAGUGCUCAAGCAUUUAUAUUUUAUUCGGACUAAACAUGAUGUCUCGUGGUUAUAUUAAUGUUGGUGAAGGGUCUUGGAGAUCUUUGGGUUUGCCUGCCAAACUGUUGUUGUCGAUGAUGAUGAUAGCGAUGAUGUAUUCAUACACUUCAGCUGCAGAGGUCGAAAUAACCCUCUCACCCGCCCAUGGUUUCGCUAUUGGAGACUCAACAGAAAUGCAGAUUUCCUGCCAUUUCAAUGCGACAGAUUUCCAUUCAUUCUCUCUCCACCAGAAUGGAACCGUCGUUUCGAAAAUGGAACACGACAAUCAUACAGGGAAGUAUAUCGUAACAAAUGCGAAGGAUUUCUACUGUAGCAACCCUAAAACAAAAUGGGGGCAUAGUAUGGUUGACUGCUGGAAAAGGAACCUCAAUUGCCAUGAUGCCACCUCAUACAGAUGUAGUGUAAAUGACACACAUGUUUCCAGUCCAGCGUCGCUAAAAGUGAAAUCUUCUCUUCACAGUCUGGAGCACGUCCACAACCAUGAUGCUGCAAUGAAACACGUGGAUGUAUUCAACUGUACGGCACAUGUUGCACUACCUUCUCAAAAUGAAGUCGUCUUUCACUGGAAAGUAAUGCACGGUUUUCAAAUGACGAGCGAGAAAUGGGACAAAGUGAAUGUUUGGGGUUCGGACACAUGCUAUGCUAACGUAACUUCAUCUUAUCAUCACCAUUUGGGCCACGAUCACUCCGCUAAUCCUACAACCAUUGCCUGUACAGUAUUUCAAGAGACACGUACCAAAGUAGUCAAUCAACCACACAUGGGUUUUCCCAGCGCUGCUUCUGGUAUGUUGUACACUAAAUGGAUUUUGGUCGUCAAUCUCAUUCUUCUGUUUUUGGUUGCUGCAAUUUCUCGAUAGUGUCAUCUUUUUUUUGCACAAAGACGAUAACGAAGAUUCCAAUGGACGUUAUUUGGAUUUGGUAUCGACCAGUGAUGUUAGUGACGGGGUACAACAAACAUCGAACUUCUCCUGUCCAAGAUUAUAUAUACACUUUAUAUAUUUUUAGAUACUAAUUAAACAUGUUAAUUAUAAUCCUUGUAAGUCACUAACUGUAGAAAUACUAACUGUAGUAACGUAAACAACUAAUAUUACGUCGGUGCAUAAUUAUUGCGGCAUUUUUCUACAAAUUUUAUUCAACAAAAACAAUAACAACAUGUAACAAAAACAUCUUUAAAUGAAUAUUCCGGAGCAUAUUCACCAUCUACUUCAAUUACUGCU